AUGCCAGGAUUGGACAGCCCUGAGGACCUGUGUAAUAAUGUCUCUGUGUCUGGAUUGGACAGUCCUGAGGACCUGUGUAGUAAUGUCUCUGUGUCUGGAUUGGACAGUCCUGAGGACCUGUGUAAUAAUGUCUCUGUGUCUGGAUUGGACAGUCCAGAGGACCUGUGUGUGCUCUACUCUAACAGAGCAGCCUGCUACCUGAAAGAUGGAAACAGCUCUGAGUGUAUACAGGACUGCACCAGGUCCUUGGAGCUGCAGCCCUUCUCCCUCAAGCCCCUCCUACGCAGAGCCAUGGCUUAUGAGACUAUGGAGCGGUACCGACAGGCCUACGUGGAUUACAAGACCGUGCUGCAGAUAGAUAUCAGUGUGCAGGCUGCACACGACAGUGUUAACAGGAUCACGCGGUUACUGAUAGAGCAGGACGGAGAACAGUGGAGAGAGAAACUACCUGAGAUCCCUCUGGUCCCACUAUCAGCUCAGCAGCACCGCAGGGAGGAACCACCCAGCGCUGAGGUCCUACAGGCCAGAGCAGAGAAGGCCAAGCAGCACGCAGCUCAAAAAGCAGAAGUCUGUUUCAAUUCGCUGAAACAAGAAGGAAAUGAGUUUGUGAAGAAAGGUCUGUUCCAGGAGGCUCUGAGGACGUACAGCGAAUGCCUUAAGCUGAAGCCAGAGGAAUGUCCCAUCUACACCAACCGAGCGCUGUGCUUCCUGAAGCUAGAUAUGUUUGCUGAAGCCAAGCAGGACUGCGACUCUGCCCUGAGGCUGGAGCCAGCCAAUAAGAAGGCCUUCUACAGACGGGCCAUGGCCAAUAAAGGCCUCAAGGACUACCUGGCGUGCAGCUCUGACCUACAGGAGGUGCUACAGCAGGAUCCCAACGUAGCGGAGGCUGAGAAGGAGCUGGAGGAGGUCACGCUGCUGCUCAGACAGAGUCUGGCCCGGGGAUCACCUAGCAACCCCAGGAGGACUGUACCCAUCACUGAGGUUGAGGGGACUGAGGACGAAGACCGUCAGGCUGCAGAGCCAGACAGGACCAGAGCAGCAGAAUCAUCAACAACAUCCACGUCAACCCCAGGCCCAGCAGAGAACCACUGUGGAGGAGGAGGAAGAGGAGGAGAGGAGGAGGAGGCAAUAACCAUCAACCUCCAGCCCUCGAACGCCUAUGAGUUCAACCAGUCCCUGAACGCAGCGCGGGCCCAGUCCAACCUCCCAGCCUGUGCUGAGCUGCUGAGCCGUGUUCCCCCCGAGACUCUGCCCGUCUACCUCAGUAAUCAGCUGGAUGGACACACAGUCAGCUUCAUUAUGCAGAGCCUGGACACACAGCUCCUACAGAAGGACCCUGACCUCGUCUACCAGCACCUCAGCCAUCUACACACUGCUGACAGGUUCUCGGUCGUCGUGAUGCUGCUAAAGAGUGAACAUGAUCAGAUGACUCGACUGUUUGACCGUCUGUCUGCUGUGGACAGUGAUGCCUUCAGUAAGAACGAUGUGCAGAACCUGGCCAACAAGUACAUCUGACCUCUAACCUCUGACCCUGUCUGGCCUGCUGGAGCGCAUCCCAAAUCGGUCCCUAUUACCGAGUGCACUAUGGAGGGAAUAAGGCACCAUUUGGCAACGUCGCAGCAGACUUUAAAUACGAGUCCAGACUGCAAAUCACCUUGCGUCAUAAAUAACUACUCAAUAUUAUUUUGUAGGUCAAGUCACAAUUUACCCAUGAUACACCACGGUUUUGAUGUUCUCAAACACGACCCUUCACUCUGUCCUGUGUGAAGCUCCCAACACGACGUACUGGAUCUAUGCAACGAUG